CCGGUCAGUUAUUAAACUACAAUAAGAACACGUGUAUAUUUGAGGUUCUUCCGUAUUUGCGUCGUUUGCGAUACCUGCAUAUGCAUCAUCAUCAUCAUCAUCACUCCUCAUUUGCAUACUGUCUACUUUCGCUUCCUCAUAUGGGAGUUGAUCAACUUGAUCACUUUCUGUCACAACCAUGACCAACAGCGUCGACGAUCAGACGCCUGUUUCGCGAAAAGACGUUUUCGUUAAGUAUUUAGAGUACUACGACAAAGUUAGUUGCGAAGGCAAUCUGACAGUGUGCUCAGAGACACAGGUGACAGAUGAAGCCAGGCGCGUGCUGUUAGCGGAGAAAGAGCCGCGGAAGAGACUCGGCGCGCUGGACUUCUAUGAGACUCUCUAUCAGUGCGCACAGUACAGAGACUGCCAGAGACGAGUCCACGACUUUAAACAAGCUGCCGAGUUACUGGAGAUGUUCUGUGUCAACCUGUUUUUGUUUCCGUGGAAGAAAGAGAUUAAAACCUUAAAGACAUUUACAGGACACUUUGUCUAUUACAUCAAGCCAGUAUUGCCUUUUGCCAGAAGUAUUCUUCAGAUUAUUGGAUACUGCAUGGAAACAGACACUGAUUAUAGACUGUCAGACGGUUCUGAUCCUGACAAGGCCAAGAGUAUGGGAUUUGACCUUUUCCUUGCCAGGUUAGAGUGUGAGUAUGUUCUGGAGCUCAUGAACCAGAGAUCACAUGUGGAUUGUCUGGAGAUCAUCCGAAUGAGAGCUGCUCCUCUGACCUUCAGUGCUGGAGAAGUAGUUUCCGAACCUAUCAAUGACACCUGUAAUCUAAACGAGGAUGUUUUUAAGGAUGAUGGGCACGUUGAAGGUGGCUCUCUGGUAAACCCAGAGGAAGAGGAGCGGCAGGAGUCACUUAAAAGUCAUAACCCUCUUGAUCAGGAAGUCGACAAGUCUCAAGAUGCUUCUAUCUUUGAUGUCGAAAGACCGUCCAGCUCAUUUAUGACUGACGACAAGUCUAUCUUAGAGAUGCGGGAGAACUACCCAGACCUGGCCAUCCGACAAAAGCCCAUUUUCCGAAAGUCUCAAAGAUCUAUGCAGCCUCUCAAGGCCCAGGAGUGGGCUGGAUCCAGGGGCCACAAUGCGGGCCUGUUCCACGAGGCCAGUGCUGACAUGAGUGGCCCCCAGUCUAUAGCCAUACACACUGAGACCAUGCCAGGCCAAAGAAAACUACACAUCGCAAAUCCACUUGUAGAAGCCCAGCCCUCAGAUGACAAACCAUUGGUUCUUCAAGUUGGGAAGCUGCUGCAAGGACGCAGCCGUGAAGGCUCGACAGAAGACUGCCUGGCUGAGCUCACUGAGCAAAUGGGGAAAAUGCACAUGAAGGAACUCAGUGCAGAUGAACCACUUAAAUACCCCAUAGAGGAGACCGCACAGGCCCAGCCAUGCAGUGGACCCAGUGACGUCAUCACAGCUCCACCCACAAAAUCCCCAGAUGGCAUGAGCCUGCCCAUCCUGUGCAGCCCAUCCCAGGAGCCUGUCUGCAACAUCACAGGUUGUGGGAGCUGUGCUGGGUCCAAUGGCGUUCUUGCACAGGACAACCUUAUUAGAGAGCCUCCUCAGUCAAUCUACAUCCAUAGUGCACUGAGCGUGUGUACACCAGUGUUUGGACCACUGACUGACCACAGUCAGCCUGCCAAUGAGGGCUUAAACGGACGCAAGAGUCCCACACCUCAGCCACCAGAAGACGACCUAGUCCAAACAUACGUAGUGAUUUAGAGACAGAGUAUUCCUGUUUCUUCCUUAUCCAUGGCAGAGAUUUGAAAGUGUUCUAGAGCGUGGCAGUGCACCAAAAAUGUCUUUGUGCUAGUCAUGAUGUGCAAAGCAUUUUCAUUGAUAAGAGAGUUUCUUGUUAAUGAAGCCCUGAUUUGGAUUAGCUUUAAUCUUAAGAGUGUAUGAAGGUGACAGGAAGAAUGUCUGUGCUCUUUGUCUUUUUACCUUCUAUCAUAGCUUUUUGAAGUGAAGGAAGGUAUAGAUUCACAUCUGUAAGAGGUGUGCGCAUGCUUUUUGCGUGUACGUUCAUUUCUGUGAAUCACACAUACGCACAUUUGAGAAAUAAUCUUAGAUCAAAUGUAGGUUUCUACCCAACAUUUUAUAAAUGAGGCCCCUGGGGCAUCUAUAUUAUACUACCUGUUAUUUAAAGAAAUAAGGUGCAAACAAUUGUAGUACUUUUCGUGCCAUACUACUGAGGCUACAGUGCAGCACGUCAUAGAAUUAUGUGAAUGUAAAUUACAAUGUAAUAAAAUCACUUUUUUCAAA